CUCUCAAAUAAAUUAAUGGUGAUAUGCCCUGUGAGGCUCUGCUCCGGGAUCUCGGAUUCAUCUCCCGGCUCCCAUCCUCUUUCUUCCCCUGAGGGUGUUAGAAUCACUGUCAACCAAAUGGAAUAUUCAAGAAAAAUUCGAAUUUGGAGAGAUUCGUCUGCUAAAAAGCAGGAUUAGGAGUAUAUUCUCUCAUAGAUUUCGUUUCUAUGUUGCCGGCGAGUUGGAGAUGAAGUUUACUAAGGAGUAUGAGGAGUAUAUGAGGGGGAGGGAGAAGAAUGGGCUGAAAAAAGUUGGAUUGAAGGGGUUUAAGCAGAUACUGAAGAGGUGCCCAAGGGAAUUCUGUUCUCAAUACCAGCACCAAAAGAAGGAAGGAGGAGAAGAAGAGAAUGAGAAGCCAGUUUGGUUCGGGGGUGAGAAUUCUUCGCUUCAUCAAUGCCCUGACCAUUGCACAGUAUGCGAUGGGACUUUCUUCCCCUCCCUUCUUGAGGAGAUGUCAGAAGUUGUUGGUUGUUUUAAUCAACGAGCUCAGCAAUUGCUUGAGUUGCAUUUAGCAUCAGGCUUUCGGAAGUUUGUUAUAUGGCUUGGAAGCAAGGUGAGUAGUAAUCAUGAAGCAUUAAUACAAGAGGGCAAAGAUCUUGUUUCCUAUGCUAUCAUUAACUCCAUCGCCAUGAGAAAAAUUUUGAAGAAAUAUGAUAAGAUCCAUGACUCUAAGCAAGGUCGGACUUUUAGAUCAAAUGCUCGAAGUAUGCAUAUUGAUAUCCUUCAGUCUCCAUGGCUCUGCGAGCUAAUGGCAUUUUACAUUAACUUGAAAGAAAAUAAGCCUGACGAGAACGUGAUGCCAGGGCUGUUUGGUGAUUUCUCUCUCACAUUUGAAAAUGGCAAACCCAUGCUUUCUUGUGGCCUUUUCGAUUCAGUGAAUCUUGACAUUGACCUGACUUGUUCUAUUUGCUUGGAAACUGUGUUUGAUCCUGUUUCUCUUACAUGUGGCCACAUCUUCUGCUAUAUGUGUUGCUGCUCUGCUGCAUCUGUUACCAUAGUCGAUGGGCUAAAGAGUGCAGAUUCAAAAGCAAAAUGCCCAUUGUGUCGGAGGGAAGGAGUAUAUGAGGGUGCAGUGCACUUGGAUGAGCUGAAAAUUUUGUUAAGCCGUAGCUGCCCCGGCUACUGGGCGCAGAGGCUUCAAACUGAAAGAGUGGAGCGCGUUCGGCAGGCCAAGGAGCAUUGGGAGUCCCAGUGCCGGGCAUUCAUGGGAGUCUGAGUGGAAGUCAGCUCGAUGUUUGUAUUUCAUUCUACUUGAGCUCUUGCUCUUCUGUAUGUUGUGACAUGUCAUGCUAUGCACUUUGCUGUGAAUGAAGGAAUUGUCAUAUUGAAUUGCAUAAUUACCAGGUGGCAUCCCAUGAUUCCAUGAGUAUUUGAAGUUCUUUCAGAGGUGCGAAAUAUGCCAAUCCUUCUUCUUUAUAGAGGUUGCAAAUUGCAUAUUUGUAAACUCCAAAUUGCUUCUCUGAACUGGAAAUGGAAACAAUCUCUUUGUUGUGGUGUA